AAAAAAAAAAAAAAAAAAAAAAAAAAAAAAAAAAAACGAAUGGCUGCGACUGUCCCUGCAACUGCAAGUGCUCCUUCUAACCAAGGUUGGGAUUUUAGCUGUAAAUUGGAUGUGAAUUUCGAAUCAGAAGAACAUGCUUUGAUUGUAUACACAACGUUAGACGUUGAUAAAGAGUUGCAGCCUGAUAAAGUGAGAAGAGUUAUGUCGGUAUCAGACAACAAGCUUUCUGUGCACUUUGAGGCAUUAGAGGCGAGGUUUCUCCGAGCAUCGUUCUCUGCGUUUGUAGACGUUCUUUCUCUCGCCACAAGAACCAUUCAAGAAUUUGGGCAAAAGUAAAACACCAGUGUGAAACAAGAAGUUUGAUUCUUUCUUAUUUCCCUGCUGCAAUUCAGUUAUUGAAGCGUUAAUCAAACAUUGUACUAUUAUGGUGGUGACUAAUUAAUCUGAGAAGUGAGAAAAAUAUAUAUAUUUUUCUUAGAACAACA